UUACUCCAAGCAGUGGGCGCGACUAUACUCCUACGUAACUAGAUUUGUAACCAUCUCCCUCUGGUGAGCAGUUCCUUUCAUUGCUUAUCCUAUACGCGUCUAACCUUCACCAGUAAAACACAUCGACAUCAUUGCGAUAGAGAGAAUUCGUCGACGAUGGACGUGGGUAGCUUCUCUCAGUGGUGUACGGCGCUGCUGCUGGCGGUCUCCGUCUAUCUGCUCGUCACCUACCUGACAAGGAAACCUGCGGGAUCGCCUCCUGGUCCGCGCGGACUGCCCGUAGUGGGCAGCCUGCUACAUCUCGGUCGGACGAACCCGCUCGCCGCCCUCACGGAACUCGGAGAGAAAUAUGGACCGAUAUUCAGCAUCUACUUCGGACCCCGUUUUACGGUCGUUCUGAACGACUACGAACUGAUUAAGGAAGCCUUCCUGAAGCAGGGAGAAGCGUUUUCCGGUCGUGCUCAUGCCUUCAUCAUCAAAAGCCUGAUGUCUGAUGAGAAGGGAAACCUACACGGUAUACUAGAGACGGAUGGCGCCCAUUGGAAGGAGCAGAGAAAGUUCGCUCUGUCGGGACUGCGGGAUUUCGGAAUGGGGAAAAUGUCAAUGGAGGGGAAAAUUCAAGAGGAGGCGGAAGUGUUGCUGAACGAGAUAAAGGGAAACGCCGGACGUCCGGUCGAUUACCAGUUCCUGCUCGGCAACGCCGUAUCGAAUGUCAUCUGCAACAUCGUGUUCGGAUCGCGGUUCGAAUACGACCACGCCGACUUCCAGCAGCUGCUCACGCUCCUGAACGAGAACGUACGGCAGGCGGGAAACCUCGAAAUGCUGAACUUCUUGCCGUGGUUGCGGUUCAUUCCCGGAGCAGGGCGCGGCCAGUACCUGGGGUUCCUGGCGCGAGUCGACAAGGGGGUCUCGUGGGUGAAGCAGAGAAUCGCUGAGCAUAAGAAGUCGUUCGAUCGCGACAACAUACGAGAUUUCGUCGACUUGUAUAUAAAGCAAAUCGAAGACAUGGCUCAGAAUAAGAGCACGACAUUCACGUACGACGAGGCUCCCUACGUCAUCACUAACCUGUUUGCCGCUGGCACGGAGACGACAGCGACGACGCUGCGAUGGAGCCUGCUUUACAUGACGUACUACCCUCACGUCGCCAAGAAAGUGCAGGAGGAAAUCGACGCGGUGAUAGGCAGAGGUCGUCUGCCCUCCAUGAAGGACAAACCCAACAUGCCCUACACCGAGGCCACCAUCUUGGAGCUGCAACGACUAGCACAUGUGGUCCCGCUGGCAAUUCCACAUGCAAUCACCAAAGAGAAUACGACAUUGCGUGGUUAUCAGAUUCCUAAUGGCACCAUGGUUUUCGCGAACCUAUAUGCCGUGCACAGGGACCCGAAGCGGUUCCCUGAGCCGGAUGUGAUGAAACCGGAACGAUUCCUGGACGAAAACGGAAAGCUAUCCAAUUCUGAGCAUCUCAUUCCGUUCUCGAUCGGAUGGCGAGUUUGUCUUGGAGAAAUGCUCGCUAAGAUGGAACUGUUUCUAUUCUUCACUGCCUUUUUGCAGAAUUUUGAUAUUCUGCCGCCAGAGGGAGACAAGUUGGCGCCGCUAACACCCAUCAUUGGUCUUACGCGAUCCCCGUUACCCCACAGUACUCGACUGGUACUACGCCCCUAGGUUAGUUGAUAAGCAGCAGUUAAUAAACAGCUAAGCACAGGGCCGUAGCUAGGAGUUAACGUAUGAGGGGCAAGAUGAACGAUGGGCGGAGGCGCUCGCUUCUAGGGGGGUCUGGGGGCAUGCUCCCCCAGAAAAUUGUGAAAUAUAGACGCUCUGAAAUGCCAUUUCCAUGUAGGUUACAUACCUAAAACUCCCCAAACGGUUAAGCGAGUAUUUUCUAAUCUUAAGUUCCCAUUAUUCUUCACUGGGUUAUAUAGUUGUAAUACUGCGCGCGUGCGUGCGUUUAUGCGUACAUGGGUGUGUGUGCGUACGUGCAUAAAUAAAAUGUGAUUAUAGUGAACAGUUUGUUGCUAAAGUGAGUAAUUAAUCAUUAUUUUCUUUACAAUAUAGGCCUAAUUGCGUUAUUAAGGCAAGAAUUAAAUGUUUGUUACCCAGAUUUUUAUUGAACAAUUUUAUAACCAUUCCAAAUACGGUAAAUAUGAUAGUCAAUCAAAAGUAUUAAGCUUAGGGUUGGGGCGUUGAGGGAUGCGGCAGCCGAAAUUUUUAGAUAAGAUUUUACCAUGCACAUCUGGGUGUCAAUCAAACAACUUCAUCACAUAUCAUCGAUAUUACCUCACUUUACUUCUCUGUCGUGGUAAGGGGGAGUCACGGGGAAGAGAUGUGCAUGAGACAUCGCAUCUUUUCCUCUUGGAAAAUGCUGGGGAAUGAGGGAUUAAGGCUUUCGUGUGUCACGUCACACUUAUGUACGUAUACCUACGGGGUUGAGUGGCGAAGAACAGUUUCUUGGUAUGCGAAAAAUAUGGCGUAUACAGUACUGUAUAAGCCGUAUUUUUCGUGUACAGAUAAUUUCGCAAAUUCAGGCUUGACAGACAAUUCCGCGAAUGGUUAAUUUUGCGGUCGGUGAAUUAUGAAUUAUUCGGUAUUAUUCGUUAUGAAUUAUUCGCGUGUUGUUGUUUUUGCGGUCAGGGACGCAUUUGCGAAAUUCGCGAAUAUUAAACCACCGCGAAAUAUACAGCUUAUACAGUAUGUUACUGGGCAAAGAACAUUGAAAGAGGAACAAUACAAUAUAAAAAAUAAAAUGGCAAUACUAUGAAAAAUAGUAUCCUAUUGUUAUGUUAUUCUUAAUGUUGUAUUGUUCAUCCUUCAAUGUUCUUUGACCAAUCAACAUCUUAUUGUGAUGUUGAAUUGACGUACCAAGACGUUGAAUAGAUGUUGUGUUCGCGUUGUUCGAUGUCACGAUCAAAAUCCAACAGUGAAUCAACGUCUUAUUGCGACGUUGAAUUGACGUAGUUGAAAUAUGAUUGAAUAGACGUUUUUAUGCUGGCGACGUCGCAACCAAAAUCUAACGUUGAAACAACGUCGUGUGCCUUUAGUUUUACUAUAGGGGAAGAUUUAUGGUGGGAUGCUGUGGCCGAAGUGAAAGCAUGGCCAACUAUAAAGCUCUCAGUCUAUAUAGUGGGGUGAAUAUAAUGGCUAGAUAAGCUAUUAAAGCCGUGAAGCCCUAUUAUUACAUUUUGUAAGCAUAGCGUUGGGCAUAGACUUAAUUAUGUGAUAAAUAUAUAGCGCACGCCGUGUUAAGACCAUUCCACGAUAUCAGUAAUAAACGCUUCUGUUUGCAAGCGUUCGUGUCGCAGAUACCGCCUUGCAGUGCUAGAAUGAACUUGAUGAAAUACGCACGUGAAACAAAUGCACGUAUAGAUAUUGACAAAACACAAGAGGCAUAUGAAAUACUAUAUAAUAUGAGAUUCUCUUUUCAGAUACAUACUACAAAGCGUUAUAUAUAUAUAUAUAUAUAUAUAUAUAUAUAUAUAUAUAUAUAUAUAUAUAUAUAUAUAUAU